CUCUUCAGUCUCCUCGCGCCAACGACCACAUCCCACCGAACACCGAUCAAGGUAAACCUGUUCGCUGCUCCGCCAGAAGCCGAGGUCGAGCUGUUCACGGCAGCGAGCAUGCACCACGAUCCCAACCCCUUCGACGAGGGCGCCGACGAGAACCCCUUCUCGAAUGGAGGCGGAGGAGCGCGUGGCGGAGGCGUCAAGCCGCAGUACGGGUUCCGGCCGACGGAGCCCGCGGGGUUCGGCGGCGGCAGGGGCGAUGCGACCACCGACAUCCCUCUGGACACCAUGAACGAUUCGAAGGGCAAGGCGAAGGAGCUGUCUCAGUGGGAGUCAGAUCUCAGGAGGAGGGAGUCGGAUAUCAGGAGGAGGGAGGAAGCUCUCAAGAGCGCUGGGGUGCCCAUGGAGGACAAGAACUGGCCGCCUUUCUUCCCAAUCAUCCACCAUGAUAUUGCCAAUGAGAUACCAGCAAACGCUCAGAAGUUGCAGUAUCUUGCGUUUGCGAGCUGGCUUGGUAUUGUGCUUUGCCUCUUUUGGAAUUUUAUUGCUGUCAUAGUCUGUUGGAUCAGAGGGGGAGAUUCUAAACUAUUUUUCCUGGCUACCAUCUAUGGUAUGCUUGGCAUCCCUUUGUCCUACUUGAUGUGGUAUAGACCUCUGUACCGAGCAAUGAGAACUGACAGUGCUUUCAGCUUUGGAUGGUUUUUCCUUUGUUACCUGCUCCAUAUUGGUUUUUGCAUAUUUGCUGCCAUUGCUCCUGCAGUUGUAUUCCGUGGAAAAUCAUUAACGGGUAUACUGGCAGCGAUCGACACCUUUUCUGAUCAUGCAAUAGUUGGGAUCUUUUACUUUGUCGGAUUUGCCUUGUUUUGCUUGGAGACACUUGUGAGCAUAUGGGUUCUUCAGAAAGUAUACAUGUACUUCAGAGGGCACAAGUAGGCUAUGGAAGCACUUGCAAUAGUCAACCAACUACCAUCUCAUCUGAUUGCCAUGUGGUUUUGUAUGUUAGGACAACGUAUAUUUUUCCGUUUGCAUUGUGGAGGGUAAGUACGACUAUAUGUAUAAUUUUCGGUUUGCAUGGUGGAGGGUAAAUACGACUAUAUUGUAGCGUCUCUCUCGACUGAUCUGUUUUUAACCCCAAUUCUUUGCUCAUAUACAAAUUGUGCUUUGUAUGCACUUUUGUUUGCUACCAAGGCUGCACAUUGUAUGCACUUCUGUUGGUGCCUUAAA